CAGCUCGGACAUCGGCGCCAUGGCCGCGAUCGCGGGUCCCGGGACCCCUGGAGGGCGCCUGCGAGCGCAGAGCCCGCACCUCAGCAAGAUGGAGCGGGUGGUCGUGAGCAUGCAGGACCCGGACCAGGGCGUGCGAAUGAGGAGUCAGCGACUGCUUAUCACCGUCAUUCCCCACGCGGUGACCGGCAGCGACAUCGUAGAGUGGCUGGCUCAGAAGUUCUGCAUCUCAGAGGAGGAGGCCCUGCAUCUGGGUGACCUCCUGGCGCAGCACGGCUACAUAUACCCGUUGCAAGAGCCCUACAGUCUGGCGCUCAGGCCCGAUGAAACGCCCUACAGGUUCCAGACACCAUAUUUCUGGACCAGCACCCUGUGGCCAGCUGCAGAGCUGGACUAUGCCAUUUACCUGACCAAGAAGAACAUCCGAAAGCAGGGGGCACUGGUGGAGCAUGAGAAGGAGCACUAUGACCAGCUGCACAAGAAGAUCAACCACACAUGGGACCUGGUGGUGAUGCAGGCCCGAGAGCAGCUGCGGGCGGCUAAGCAACGCAGGAAAGGAGACAGGCUGGUCACUGCAUGCCAGGAACAGACAUACUGGCUGGUGAACAGGCCUCCGCCUGGGGCUCCUAAUGUGUUGGAGCAGGGUCCACAGCGGGGCUCCUGCACUGUCAGCCGGGUGCAGAUGAUCCAGAGCUCGGACUUCUAUAAGCGGGAGAUUGAGCUCUCCAGGAAGGCACUGGGCAGGACCCGGGUAAAAUCCUCCAUCUGCCUUGAGGCGUAUCUGAAGUUCAGUAGCCAGCAUAGCCUGCAUGACCCCAUCAUGUCGGGGUGCCUGCCCAGCAACCCCUGGAUCACAGAUGAUGACACUUACUGGGCCAUGAAUGCACCCAUGGUGGCUGUACCCACAAAACUCCGUGUGGAGCGAUGGGCCUUCAGCUUCCGGGAGCUUCUGGAUGACCCUGUGGGCCGGGCCUACUUCAUGGACUUCCUGCAGAAGGAGUUCAGUGCGGAAAAUCUCAGCUUCUGGGAGGCAUGUGAGGAGCUGCGCUUUGGAGGGCAGGCUCAGAUCCCUGACCUAGUGGAUGCUGUGUACCAGCAGUUCCUGGCCCCUGGUGCUGCCCGCUGGGUCAACAUUGACAGUAGGACAAUGGAGCGGACGUUGGAGGGGUUGUGCCGGCCCCACCGCUAUGUGUUAGAUGACGCACAGCUACACAUCUACAUGCUCAUGAAGAAGGACUCCUACCCCAGGUUCCUGAAGUCUGACAUGUAUAAAGGCCUGCUGGCAGAUGCUGUGAUCCCACUGGAGACAAAGAGACGAGUGUUCCCGUUUAUGCGGAAGCCUCGGCACUCGAGCCCCAGCCCGGCUCUUCUCCCCACCUCUGGGGAACCUCCAGCCACUGGCAGUACGGCAGGUGGCGACAGGGAGGGCUAGACAGACUCCCCUCAUCAUGCUCAGGCCUUGUGCAACUGCGGGGUCACCCUCUCCUGAUAGCUUGUGAGCUCCCAGUAUUGGUGUCCUCUUGUGUCCAGAGUCCAGCCUCUCUCUGCUUCUCCUUUUCCCUCCAAUGCUGCUGCCCCUGCCUGAAAGGAAGUAGCUCAGCUGCAAAGUCCCAGGAAAGGGGUUUCACAAGCAGGAUCUGUUAUUGGCAGGAUGGUGAGGCCGAGGCAGAUGCCUAUGGAGAUAUGCAGAUCUCUGGGCAGCGUGCCCUGUCCAGGAGAGCUCCACGUGGGCUCUGGGCGCCUGGUCUUGCUGAGGCAUUUGGAGUGGCUGCACAAUCCCAUUGGCAGCCUGUGCCCAGGAGUCUCCCUCCCGGUGCACCUCCCACAUACCCACCCAAUAUCCACCUAAGCUGCAGUUUCCCCACUGGACUUAUGAUGGAGAGUUGCCCUGACCAGGAGGUUCCUGGACCCUGCAGGGAAGAUCUUUGCCAGGGUGGCAGAACCAGAGUUCCGCCCUCCUACCCACUGGCAUUCCCCACUGAGUGCCCCAUUCCUCUAGACUAGAUGAAGUUACAGGCCAGCUUCUUUUGGGGUCCACUUUAACCACAGGGCUGCUUCUGACACAGAAAUAAAAGACUCUUCUCCCUCCCUGAGUCCAUCCUGCUGUGGGUCCAGCUAAGUGCAUGUGUUCAUGAGUAUGUGUAGUUC